AUGCCAGACCCAGAGUUCAAAAGCAGGUUUCUCAAAGUGCGCGAUGGUGCGCUGCAGAAGGCGCUGCCCAGUGGACGGGCCCCGCUGAAGCCCAACUUCCCGGAUGGAUUCCCUGAGCUCCCGGAGAUCCACUUGGAGGUGCUGCGAGCCCAGGUUUUCACCCACCGGAGCUUCUACGCGAGGCCGACCCAUGUCUUCGAGGACUUACCCGACGACCCAAGUCCGGACAACGAGGUGCUCGAGCAUCUCGGCGACUCCGUUCUCAGUCUCUCGGUGACGGGCUUGAUGAGAGAGGUGUUUCCCCGCGUGCGGGUCGGACCGUCUACUAAAAUCCGCGCCCUGGUUGUAGGAAACCCCACGCUUGCUUCCAUCUCCGUGAUAUAUCGCCUGCCAGAACGCCUGCGAAUGCAUCCAGCGCAGGCGAUGACCUUGCGUGCAUCCAUGAAUGUCCAAGCCGAUCUCUUCGAGUCGUUCGUCGGUGGCCUUUACCUGGACCGCGGCCUCGAGGUCGUCAGGUCCUGGCUGGACCCGCUGUUCCGCCCCUACAUCGUCGAAGCUUACCGUGUCGUCCGGGUACAGCACGGCCUCUCUCCCGACCCCGCGCCCUACGUACCGCGGCCCCCUCCGACGCCCGGGUCCCCCUCCACCUCGGACAUCAGUGAUGCCGACCCAAGCCCUCAACCCGGAACGCCAGGGCCGUGGCCCAGCCCGCCCCCAUCUGGCGGCAUGGCGAACGUCGGGCACCUGUCGCUCUUCAACCAGUACAUCCAGCAGCAGUACAAGAACGUGCAGUGGCUGUACUCCGACAGCGUCGGGGAGGGCACGCUCACGACCCCGAUCUGGGUCGUGCGCGCGAUGAUCGACGGCGAGUGCGUCGGGCGCGGGCGCGGGAGCACGAAGAAGGCCGCGCGCAACGAGGCCGCGAAGGAGGGCCUGGUGUACCUUGGGGUGUAUGUUCCGUACGUCGCCCAGCCUCUUUCUCCGACGCGGCUUGCGGCGGGACUCAAGACUGAAGUCCACAGACAGACCGAAGGGCAAGCUAUCGCUUGA